GCUUAGGAGUUUCACGUAAGCACUUUGAUAUGUAUUUGUUCGAUAAAUUCACCACUCAAAAGCGGCAACCACCUAAAAAACACUUCGAGGAAAGUGCUGCUUUAAGCUUUAAAGCAUAUACAUUAGGUCAUUAUUGUGAGUUACAUAUUAUCAUAAGAUGCACUGAGGGCAUUUCUUCAUCAUCUCUUAAUGAAAAGUGUUUAUUUUGGCAUGAAAAUGUUUUCAUAAAAUGA